AUGGAGGACAGUCUUCGUCUCUUUCUUUCGCUGCAGAAUCCUGAGCAAGCAGGAGUAAAGCGCGACUGCCCCUUCGCCUCGCCGUCGCCAUCACCGGACACCACCACCUUCCUGCCUUACUCUCCCCCACCGUCGCCAUAUCCAUAUCCGUACCCGUACCUGUCUAACUAUCGCGCAGCACCACAGUCCGAAUCACUGCUGAACAAGCCUCGCGCGCCACCGCCACGCCCGACGCCACUAGACUUUCCCCGCCAUGUUCCAGAGACCAAACCCCGUCCGCUUAGUCGGCGCUCGAUGCGAGAGCUUCGCCGAGCCAUCCUCUGUGCGCGCCGGCCAACCGACAACACGGACGAAGUGUUCAACUUGAUGAAUGUGCAGCUCACUCAGGAUGUGCCGUUGGACUCAUCGGACUUCGUUCCCACCGACUUCCUCCCACAGCGGCCUUUCCUGUUCGAUGCCGAUCUAGAGGCCAUGCUUGCCGAGCUCAACACCGAGAACGAGGACGCUUUUCGGGAGGUGCUGCGCCAGAGACCAAGGGAGGGACGACCGAAGCCGCGCGUCGCCUACAGCAGGAAUUUCUUCGGUAGUUUGGAGGAUAUGAGUCGGUAUUGCGACUCCACGGGCGACCACUACUUUGAGAUGGAAGAGGAGGAAGCUAGUGAAAGCAAAGACGGCAAGAAUUCGUCUACCGGUGGUGUUGGCAGCGAGGAGAAGAAAGACGCAGAAGGUGAUUCAGAAAUGGCGGAUUCCACGAGCGCCAACACGAGCGACCCUUCCCCUAUCCAGCCCUCAGACUCGAACACAAAGACCACCAAGGAAAUGUACACUGGCCCCCGACUCGGCAACAGCUCGCAGCUCCCACCGGGCACCCGCACCUCAGCAGUCCGCAACCUCCUCAAGAUGGUCAUGCACAAGUUCACGUGCCGCGACUACGACCUCAGCCCCCGCGAACGGCUCCGCAUCCGCGACAUCAACAUUCCCCCCGCAUUCGUCAUGUCCAGCUUCGUGGUUGCGCGACUUCCCAACGACCGCGCACUGGCGAGGGCACGCCACGUCGAGGGCCCUGUCAUGGGCGUGAGCGUCCGCCACGAAACGGUCUUCAGCGACGCGCUGUACAAGCGUCUGCUGGAGCAGGAGAAGCGCGAGCGCAACGAGAUCGGUGACUGCCUCGGAGCUCCUGUAGAUCUGCUGCGUGAGAUUGGCGCCGGGCUUGCGAUCGCGCUGCAGAGGGGCCGCGAGGGGAGGAAGAAGGACGCCGAGCACGAGCGUGUCACGCAGCGGUGGUGGUGGGCUAAGACGCCGCGGUGGGGUGGUGCGCCGACCCGUUGGGGCAUGUUGGCUAACGAGGUAUUUGAGGAUGAGGACCCGAGCUGGAGCCCUACGGAGCGAGAACUGCAGAUGCAGAAGCGGGAAAAGACGCAGGAGGAGAUGAAACGCAUUGACGAUGUGGCGGGGAAGGUCAACGGCGAGGUCAAGGUCGAGGACUUGCUGGCAAAGACGGAGGCACAGGCGGGUUCGCCGGGCACGGAUCAGAAACCCGGCUCGGGUCCGGGACCCAUGGUGGGAUUGUUGAGUGAGACGUCGGUCAGGAUUCCGACCUUGACACCGAUCAUCACACCGGCGUACUCAUCGACGAGGUCCCGGUCCAGCUCCAGCUCCAGCUCCAGCUCCAGCUCCACCAGGAGUGUCGGCAGCGACGAGCCCAUCACCGCCGACGACGCCUCGACGAAUACCUCUUCGUCCUCCGGGGGCAGUAACACCGACAGCGACCGCCCUCCCAAGAAGAAACACCGCCUCGCCAUCAACGAGCGCGUCUCCCAACUCUCCCGCCUGGGCCUCUCUCCAUCGUCAUCAUCAUCAUCAUCAUCUUCUUCUCCCUCAUCAUCGCCCGCCUCCCGCGAAGACAAGCGCGACAAAGACCGUGAAGAAAAAGCCGAGUACAAGGAUGGCCGGCGCCUGAUGUACACGGCGCCCAUGCGCCGCAAGUGGUACCGCGAGUGGACGCAGGUCAAGCCCAAUAGCAGUGGCUGGGAUGAGAAGGUGCUUUGGCGGAGGGUGGGCGCGCCGUUGGGCAAUAGUGGUGAUGGUCAUGGUGAUGGCGAGGGAAUGGCAGCGGCGGGGGCGGAAGGUAAUGCACAGGAGAGCGCCGUGCCCGCCCACGUCGAGGACCCCUCAGGCUCGUCAGAUGCAAAGGCAGAUGCAGAUGCAGAUGCAGAUGCAGAUGCAGAUGCAGAUGCAGAUGCAGAUGCAGAUGCAAAAGCAAAAGUGAAUGCUGCCGCACCUGCCGCGCCUGCUGCGCAGGGCGACUGGGACGAAGUCUUCCUCCUCAGCUGCGUGAACCACCACGUGGCGAUCCUCAAGAUGCGCGUCAGCAGCCGAUACCUCACGUGGUUGGAGAACGGUGAUGCCGAGGCGGAGAUGCCUUUGUUGAGUGGGACGACCACGGCGAAGAAGGCUGGGGCAGAGGCAGGCACAGGGACAGGGACAGGGACAGGGACUGGCGUGGAGGCUACGGCGGAGAAGGGCCUACGGGAGGAGGAUAUCCUGCAAGUGUGUCGCAGUGAGUACCACGACCUGUUUGACGUAAGGCAGCGCAAAGAGCUGCUUGUGGCGCUGUGGAGGGUCAUGUCCUGGGUUUGUCGGAGGGAGGUCGCCGAGGGGGAGUGGGAGCGCGUGCGGGCUUUGAGGGCUGAGAGGGGGCAUGGACAGGAGAAAGGAGGCCAGGGGAAUUGA